UGAAAUGUAAUGAAUGAAUGGUAUGUUAAAGAGGACUACGCUGGAUCGACAAAGCUUUAAUCCUGGUUCAGCCAUUGGUUGGACUGUUCUGUGGUGGCAAAAGCUGUGUCUCUCCGUCGAACCAAAUGCUCAGGUACUUCCCGCGCAGGUCCCUCCAUGUGUCCCGAACCCUCAACUGGAAGCUCCGGGAUGAGUACAAGCUGACUCGGCCCGAAUUACAAGACCGGAUUUCCAAUCUCCUCGUCCUCCAACGGUACGAUGCUCUUGACAAGCUAAAGCUGUCCUUUGAGUUCUCCGACCAACUCCUCAACACCAUCCUCCGAAAACUGAAGCUAAACCCGGUAGCCUGCUUAAGCUUUUUCAAAUUGGCUUCAAAGCAGCAAAAAUAUAGGCCCAACCUCAAGUCUUAUUGUAUAAUUGUUCAUAUAUUGUCCAGAGCUCGAAUGUACGAUCAAACCAGAGCGUAUUUGAACGAAUUGGUCGGCCUCUGCAACAAUAAUUAUUCAGCCUCUGUGGUCUGGGAUGAGCUUGUUAGGGUUUAUAGGGAAUUUACGUUUUCACCCACUGUUUUCGAUAUGAUUCUCAAGGUGUUUGCUGAGAAGGGCAUGACCAAGUGUGCACUGCAUGUGUUUGACAAUAUGGGUAAGUGCGGUCGAUCUCCGAGUUUAAGGUCUUGUAAUUCUUUGUUGAGUAAUUUGGUCAGAAACGGCCAAAGUCACACUGCAUUGCUUGUUUAUGAGCAAAUAAUUAGGUUCGGGAUGGUUCCUGAUGUCUAUACCUGUUCAAUAAUGGUAACCGCGUAUUGUAAGGAGGGGAGGCUGAGUAGAGCGCUGGAAUUCGUCAAAGAAAUGGAAAGUUCGGGUUGUGAAUUAAACGUAGUGACUUACAAUAGUUUGAUUGAUGGGUAUGUUAGUUUGGGAGAUGUUAAAGGCGCCCAAUUGGUGUUGGGGUUGAUGUCUGAAAGGGGAAUUAUGAGAAAUGUGGUGAGUUAUACACUAUUGAUUAAGGGUUACUGCAAGCAGUGUAAGAUGGAGGAAGCGGAGAAGGUGCUUCGGGGUAUGAAGGUGGAGGAGUCUGGGGUUGUGGAUGAGCGCGCUUAUGGUGUGUUGUUAGAUGGGUAUUGUAAAGCUUGCAGAAUGGAUGAUGCUAUUAGGAUUCAGGAUGAGAUGUUGAGCACAGGCUUAAACAUGAAUAUUUUCAUUUGCAACUCCUUGAUCAAUGGGUACUGUAAGGUUGGUCAAGUUCGUGAAGCGGAGGGAGUGUUGUUGCGGAUGAGAUAUUGGAACUUAAAGCCCGAUUCUUAUAGUUAUAAUACCCUGAUGGAUGGGUACUGUCGGAAAGGUCAGACAAGUGAGGCACUGAAGCUUUUCCACGAUAUGCUUCAGGAAGGAAUCAAUCACACUGUUGUAACUUACAAUAUGCUUCUCAAGGGUUUAUGUCAAGCGGGUGCUUUUGAUGAUGCUUUGCAUCUUUGGCAUCUAAUGUUGAAAAGAGGGUUGGCUCCUAAUGAGAUUAGCUAUUGUUCUAUGCUUGAUGGGUUUGUCAAGAAGGAUGAUCUCGACGGGGCUAUGACUGUAUUUAAAGAAAUUUUAGCAAAAGGUUUUACCAAAAGCAGGGUUGCUUUCAAUACAAUGAUUAAUGGGUUAUCCAAGAUGGGUAAAUUGGUGGAAGCGGAGGAGAUUUUCGAUAAGAUGAAGGAGCUAGGAUGUUUGCCUGAUGAGAUGACUUAUAGAACCCUGAGUAAUGGGUAUUGUAAGGUUGGGAAUGUUGAAGAAGCUUUCAAAGUUAAAAGUUUGAUGGAAAGGCAAGCGAUAGGUCCUUCCAUUGAAAUGUACAAUUCUCUCAUCAAUGGUGCCUUUAUGUCCAGGAAAUUAAGUAAAGUGAUGGAUCUUCUUGCUGAGAUGCAGACAAGGGGACUAUCCCCUAAUAUUGUUACAUAUGGAUCCCUUAUAACUGGUUGGUGCAAUGAAGGGAUGCUGGAUAAAGCUUUUAGUUCAUAUUGUGAGAUGAUUGACAAAGGGUUUAUCACCAAUUUAAUUAUUUGCAGCAAAGUUGUCAGUACUCUGUAUAGGCUUGGCAGGAUUGAUGAAGCAAAUAUUCUAUUGAAGAAGCUAGUGGAUUUUGAUCUUUUUUCAGAUUGUCUAUCUUCUUCGAACCUUUGCAAAGUUGGCAGUGGACAUCAAGAAAUUCAGAAAUUUUCAGAUUCUCUUGAUGAAAGUGCUAAAAGCUUCUCUCUGCCCAACCAUGUUGUAUACAAUAUUGCUAUCUUCGGACUCUGCAGAUCAGGGAAAGUUGCCGAUGCAAGGAAAUUUUUAUCGGAGUUGUUGAUUAGUGGCUUUUCUCCUGACAAUUUUACAUAUUGCACCCUAAUUCAUGCCACUGCUGCUGCUGGUGAUGUGAACGGGGCUUUCAACCUACGAGAUGAAAUGCUGAAAAGGGAUCUUGUUCCUAACAUUACCACAUACAAUGCUCUUAUAAAUGGCUUGUCCAAAUCAGGAAAUUUGGAUCGAGCACAGAGGCUUUUCCGUAAACUUUACCGAAAAGGGUUAGCUCCUAAUGCUGUUACCUAUAAUCUAUUGAUUGAUGGAUACUGCAGAAUUGGCAAUACUGUUGAAGCCUUCAAAUUUAAAGACAAGAUGGUUCAAGAAGGGAUUUCCCUCUCUAUUAUCACUUACUCUACAUUGAUCAAUGGUCUUUAUAAGCAAGGAAAUAUGGAAGACUCUGUGAAGCUUUUGAGUCAAAUGAUCAAGGUGGGAGUGCAACAUAACCUUGUUAAUCACAUACUCCAGUUUGAUUCAAGACAUUAAAUGUGGGUUGAGGAAAGAUAUUCAAACUUAAAAAUUAAAUGCAUAUUAGGUGAUCCUCAUCUCUUGUUAUUUCUCAUCAAAGGAUGCGUUUGUUAGAGUCUUCAAAUAUUCAAGGACUUCCCUGGAACACAUCAGAUGUCUGAAGCUGUUAGUUGAUGCAUUCUCAGUGAACAAAUUUGUUGGGAGUGAAGGAAUGGCCUUUAUUUAGCCCAUGGCCUUGUACUCUGUCAUUCAGUUUUGGAGUUCUGACCACCAGUAUGGUGCUACAAUCGAGUCUCUCAUUCCAAAUGGGUAUUUUGUUACUUAUGAUGGCUGGGGGAAUAGAGAAGAGGUAUGAUUCUCAGAUACCUUGAAUCAUUACGCUUUUAAUUCAGGUCCAAACCCCCUUUCAUGUAAGAAGAAAAAGACUCAGAAAAACCCAGAUCAUUCAGUACAAGGAAAGGAUGGAGAUACUACUUUGAGGAGUCGUAAGAAGCAGAAUAGGUCACGGAAAGGCAAAAGGCUAAAAGUUUUGAAAUUUGGCCAAUUAAGGUUGAAUGAGCACGCUGUACUUCAGUCUUCUUGUCCAAUUUUAAUUGAAAUAGCCCAAUCAAAUCCCAGCAAAGUACUUACUAUAACACCUGCAGUGCAGACAUCACGAGCAACUCAGGCCAAUGCAACCACUGAAGAAUGCAGCCUCUAUGACAGAGGUGUAAGCAGGGCAAGCGAGUAACUAGUUGAUCAUCACGAUCAGUCAAAAAAAGUCCCCCAUACAAAUAAGACAUGACAACUUGUCUUCUCUUUCUCUAGCUUCCGAGCUAUCAAGUCUCACUGUCUCCAGACUAUCAAGUCUCACUGUACUGAAUGCGGUGGACGUUUGCUUUGCUUCAUUAAUAGAGUUCAUAUAUAGGCCUACGAAGCCCAUUAAUUUAAUCUUAUUAAUGGUUACAUACUUUUAAAAAACAUUUAUUUACGUUAGGGUUUAGUUGAAUUCUAACGAGGGUUUUUCUUACCAUUAUAGAAAUUAUGAUAUAAUUGGCUUGUUUAGGUUUAAACACUCACUGUGUACUUGAAAUAAACCCUUCUCUCAAAAAAAAAAAAAAAAAAGGGAGAGAUUUUUUAAUUUAGUUUUUAUGCGUGCGGUUGAUGAUUUCACUGUAUGGAUACAGCAACAUAGUCAA